UGGCAGUCACGUGCCCUGUGCGUCAGGUGAGGGCACAUACCUGCAGUGGGCGGAGCUAUGCGUGAGCCAGCUCCCGGACUUUGUCCCCGCAUAUAGCAGCGCCAUGGCGGUGGAGCUCACGCAGGACGCCGUGCUCUACUUCCUCCAGAGCCGCGGAGGCUCCGUGACCAACGCAGAGCUGUUGCUCCACUUUCGGCCCUUCCUCCGGGAGCACGCGAAUCGGGACCGGAACCGUGAACUGUUCAAGAGGUUUGUGAACUCAGUGGCGCGGGUCAAACAGGAGGACGGCGUCAGCUACGUUGUGCUCCAACAAAAGUUCCGCGGCCAAGUCCACGGCGUUGGCUCUGGUGUCAGCAGACACAGCACAGAGGCGUCUGUUGGCGGCUCGAGCAACGUGCACCUCAGUCCGCUCCGACAUCCAGACAAACCUCGCAACAAAAGCUCGGAGCCUGGACCCACCCAAGGGCCACUCGUCCUCCCGGCAGCGGGGAUCAUCCUCAACAAUAACAACAAUAAUAGUGUGGAGCCCAACUUGAACCUGCCACAGCGCAAAGUCCAACCGAGCCUUGUGCCCGAACCUUCUCCCGCACAGGAGGCGCUCACGAGUCUCCCCAAGAGCUCUGAGGCGGCCAGCCAAGCCCUGCCCGCCCCGCCUCAGGGACCCAAGGGGCUCCCUAAAGGUCCUGCUCGAAAAGAAGCCCCUGUGACACUCGUAGAGCCCAGAGGAUGUGUUCCUGCCCCGGUGUGCUCCGCUCGGCCCGUCCCUCAUCCGCACGGUGCUCCCCACCCCUCCGUGAGCCCGGGCCCUACUCAAAGCGUGCCCCAUCAAGUCUCUGUCAGACAAGUCGAGCAGGAUGUCAAUACGAGUGAACCGCCUCUCCUGCUGGGGCAGGUGCGCUCUCUCCAGACGCAGAGAGUGCGCCUCAGGCAGAGCUACCGGAGCGCCGUGUCAGUGGAGAAGGACGAGGAUGAAGAGGAGGAGUGCGCCCCGGGCAGGACGGCUCCGGCUCCGGUUGAAUCCACUGAGUUGUGGGGCAGGUCCGCGAUGGAGAUGCCGGGGCGGGACAUGUUCCAGUCCACACCGAUCGUGGACACAGGACCAGUUCAACGCUGCAGUCCAGAGACCAGCGCGCGAAGCUUGGACGAGCGUCACGUGACCGACCUGCGAGCCUCUCCUCGCGUUUGGCCUCAGAAGGUGUCCCCUGUGCAGAUAAUCCCGCAGAUCCAUGUCCAGGACUUAGACCCGGGUCCCAGGCAAGGAUCUGACCCAGAGUCCAGCUUCAGUACACCACCUCUGCUCACAUCUCACAACCUCUGUGGCCCUAGCAGCAGUGUGGAGCACAGCCCCAGAGGGUCGGCCUGGAGCAGCUGCGAAGAACUGUCGCACAGUGGAGGUCCGGGAAGUGCUGGAGGUCCCAAGGCUGGAGCAGGUGGAGGCAGCUGGCAGCAGUGUGCAGAGGAGCAUGCUCCAGGGGCAGACAGAGGGAGGGCCUGGCAUGGAACUGCAGAUGAUCUUUAUGUUGACAAGGAGGAGCCUAGUAAUGGCUCCACCCCCUCCCUGGCUCAGCUCCGCCCAUGGGUUGCCCUGCGACGCAGCAGUAAUCUGAGGAGCCGCAUGUGUCUGAGUGUGGGAGCAGACCUGGACCAGAUGAUGGAAGAGGAAGACCACCGAGCUCUGGGGGGCAGUGAGGCGGCUCGUCUCCACCGGCUGCACCUUAUCUCGUCGUCCCUGAGCCUGAGACACAUGUCUUCGUCCUCAAUGUCAUCCCUGUCCUCCUGCUCCACGCCCCCCCGGUGCCACAGUCUUGGUGACCUCACAGACAGGGAGCCCGCGAAACAGAGGAGGAGUGUUCUGAGCAGCGCGUCGCAACAGGAAACCCACCGCAGACAGAGCCAGGUGCCUCUGGAGGAGCACGAGCACCUGUGGCUGGUGAAAGCUGCAGAGGGGACCUGGCCUGACAUCUACUCUCUGUUCAGAGAGGAGCCUUCCCUUCUGCAUAGGAGGGAUUUCAUCUCCGGCUUCACUGUCUUGCAUUGGAUUGCCAAGCAUGGAGACCACCGCGUCCUCAACACACUCUGGUAUGGUGUGGAGAAGGCAGGAAUGGCCUUUGACACAGAUGCCCAGUCCUCCUGUGGCUACACUCCGCUGCACAUUGCUGCCAUCCACAAUCACAAGAACAUCAUCCGGCUUCUGGUCAACAAGUUUGGAGCCAGCGUGAGUCUGCGGGAUGCGGCGGGGAAGAAGGCUUGGUCCUACCUGCCCCAGGGCACCUCUUCAGACCUCUUCGAGCUGCUGGGAGCUCCUGUCAAAGCUGCUCUGGGACAGACAGGGGUAGGUGAGAUGUGUGCCGCCCCACAGAUUCGCUCACACUCACAGAAGCGUCGCAGACGGCAUCACUUCUCCUCAGCCUCACAGCAGCGACCUCUGACUGUGGCUGGAGACCCCAAAGUCAAGAGGACCAGUUCUCUGGCUGCCUUCCUCAAACACAAGCCCUUGCAAAAGGUCAAGGCGGAGUGGGCCAUCUGAGAAGGUUUCUGCUGUGUACUUCAGUAUUCUACUGCUCCACACGCAUCUGUCCAAGAUGCCCAGCACACAGACUGGUCUUACCUCCUCUGGGGUCUUCUGUGGACACAGGCCUUACUUUAGCCCUGUCCAUGCUCUCCUGGAGGCUGAGAUCAGUGGUCACAUGAAUGAGCUGUGAUGUGUGCUGUGUCCAAUCUGAGCUGUGCACUGAAGACCACAGACUACACAGGUUUGCGAAAAUUCCACGUCAAAACACACUUUGUAUUAUUCUGAUAAAAGUAUUAACACGCUGACCAUGUGCUGCUGAAUGCACUUGAGCACACCACUUUAUUUGAAGUGAAAUGUAUGCACUUUCAAUGAUUGCACUGUGGCUGUAAUGUUGAAGAUGUGGAGAUAUUUUGGUGAAUGGGUGACUGUCAUGUAGUCGAUGAGUCAGUAAUAUCAGAUCUGUAUAAAGGGAUUUCAGUCUUCUCAGCUCAUAUGUCAUUUUUACAGUGUGUGACUUGUACAAGACAAAACAAAGGUUUGUCCUAUUAACACCAGUCAAAAUUUUGAGACACUUAAUUUUUUUGUUUUGUGUUUAUUUCCAUGACUAUGGACAUGGUAGAUUCUCACUGAAGACAUCAAAACUAUGAACAGCAAAUACAGUAAACAAGUGUGAAAUAACAUGGUUUGUUGUUUAGAUUCUUCAAAAUUAGCCUUGGCUUUGAUCACAGCUUUGUACACUCGACAUUCCACUAACCAAUUCUAACAAGGUACACUCUGACACCAUUUCAGGAGACUUCAUGAAGCUCAAGCUUCAAAGGUUUGCAGCUCUGUCAACCAAGUAAAGGGAGUGGCUACUUUGAUGAAUGUGUAUACAAAACAUAUUUGGAGCCAUUUACCUUUUUUCUUCAGUUUUUCUUUUGGUGCUUGACAUAUUGAUGUCUUCAUUUUGUACCUAACAUGAAAGUAGUGAAUUAAUGUGUGUCCACACUUUUGACUUGUAGUAUACCUGCUGAUGUUUUGGUAGAUUCUCUGAAGAGUCAGGUGAACCGAUGAACAACACACCUUUUCCCUGCAAACUACCAAGGUCGCUAAGCUUCCCUGAAAAUCUAGUUGUUUUAAAUGUUUACUAUUGUCAUAAAUGUUGACAUUUAAGUGUUAAGUUGAAGUAUGUUGCUCAGAACUUGCCGAUGUCUGUGCCAAUCAAUUUGAAAAUAAAAUAUAAGCUUCCACCAUUUGAAAAACACCAAUCUCCACUGGCACAUACACAUAGCCUUUGGUUGUUUAAUGAGCACAGUAUUUUCCAUCUCUACAGUACUCAAGAGCUCCUUUGAUAGAUAAUUUAUAUAUCUAAAAUCUAAUAUGUCUCUGUAAACAACCUCAGUUGUCCAGGUCUGAUCCAUCGUAAAAGCCAAAGUCAAAGCUGAACAUGUCAACAAAACAUAGGAGUGAGUCACUCCUACAACGUUUUGUCCAGUUGACAGAUUUAAGUUCACCUUUUACUAUAUCUAUCAAUAUAAAACAUUCCAUGU